CUCUCUUCUCUCUCGUAUAAAAAUACAAUAAUUGAACCUCUCUCUCUUCUCUUCUUCUCUCUCGAUUUCAACUACUCGUGGAAGAGAAAGGGAUCGCCUUUCCUCACUCUCUGCGUCCUAUCUCGAUUUCGUGAGAAGGUUGAUCGCAUUUGAGUCUUGAAGACCUGAAAACGAAUUGAUCAGUCAGUUAGUUACUUGUAAGGAGGGUCCGUUGUUUGCACUUAGUAUUCUCCAUGGGAAGCAAUGAGAAUCUACCACCCAAUGUUAUCAGGCAGCUCGCCAAGGAACUCAAGAGUCUUGACGAAUCUCCUCCGGAAGGCAUCAAGGUUGUUGUCAAUGACGAGGAUUUCUCACAAAUAUGUGCUGACAUUGAAGGACCAGUUGGGACUCCUUAUGAGAAUGGGCUUUUCCGUAUGAAGUUGGCACUGCCUCAUGAUUUUCCACAUUCCCCGCCUAAAGGCUACUUCAUGACAAAGAUAUUCCAUCCCAAUAUUGCUUCUAAUGGAGAGAUCUGCGUUAACACGCUUAAGAAAGAUUGGAAUCCUAGUCUUGGAUUAAGACAUGUCCUCUCUGUUGUGAGGUGCUUACUGAUCGAGCCGUUUCCAGAAUCUGCAUUAAACGAACAGGCUGGGAAGAUGCUACUUGAGAACUAUGAAGAGUAUGCUAGGCAUGCUCGGCUUUACACGGGUAUCCAUGCUAAACCAAAACCUAAGUUCAAGACGGGAGCUAUCUCAGAGUCGACGACGGCUCUAAACGUUGGCCAGACUAACAACAACGAGACGCCUGGUGCUGCUUCUGCAAUACCCUCCUCAGUGGCAGACAUCAACAGAGUAACAACAGCAACGAGUGGCCAAGACCAACAAGAAGUGGCUAACAAUUCUUUAGCAGCAGCAGGUUCUGCGAGUGUGGUCACUACGACACAGAAAAGGGAAGCCGGUUUGGCCAAGGUGCAGGCAGACAAGAAGAAGGUAGACGCUAGAAAGAAGAGCUUGAGGAGACUGUGAUGAUGCAUGCUACUUCUCAAGAGCCAUUGGAGGCUUUUUAUGUAAUCAGGCAUGUCUGGUUAUGUUGAUUUGUUGGUCUAUAAACACUCUUUUGUAAUCGGGUUUACAGUAACCGAACCAGGCUUGAGAUAUUCCUUAUAUUUUAGUGUGACCAAUAAACUGGUUAUGUCUUUUAAAUU